AUGAAAGAUUGAAAGACAAAGAUGGAAAUUUCUGAAGAAAAAGAUUCAGCAAGGGCUGUAUCAGAAAGACUCCAAAGACAGAUCUCCCAGGAAUGUGGGUUAGUUGAAACUGGUGAUCCUGAGGACAGGUUAUUGAGGUAUUGGGUAAGCCCCUUAGAGGAUGCAGUGGGACAUCCCCCUUCCCAAGAGAGAGGUAUCAGGGAAGUGAAUCUGAUCCCCAAGAAAGCCAUUGCAGGAGAGAGAGUCCAUGGAUGUAAGGAAAGAGAAAAAAUACUUUCUGCAGGAGAAAGAUCCCACAGAUAUGAAGUCUGUGGCCAGAGCUUCAAACAGAAGUCAGAAAUAACUGAACAUCAGAAAACUGGUAAUAUAAAGAAAACCUAUGAAUGUAAGGAAUGUGGAAAAACUUUUAAUCGGAGCUCAAACCUGAUUGUACAUCAGAGAAUUCAUACAGGAAAGAAACCAUAUGUAUGUAGUGAAUGUGGAAAAGACUUUAAUCAAAGUUCAAAUCUUAUUAUACAUCAGAGAAUUCAUACAGGAAAGAAACCUUAUAUAUGUCAUGAAUGUGGAAAAGACUUCAAUCAGAGAUCUAACCUGGUCCGACAUAAGAGAAUUCAUAACGACGAGAAUCCCUAUGAAUGUAAAGAGUGUGGAAAGGCCUUCAAGGGAAGCUCAAACCUUGUCCUGCACCAGAGAAUUCACAGUGGAGGGAAGCCAUAUGUAUGUAAUGAGUGCGGGAAGGCCUUCAAUCAAAGCUCAGAUCUUAUUAUCCAUAACAGAAUUCACACUGGAGAGAAACCCUAUGAAUGUUAUGAAUGUGGACAAACCUUCAGUCAGAGUUCACACCUUGUCACACAUCAGAGAAUUCAUACUGGAGAGAAACCCUUCAAGUGCAACACCUGUGAAAAGGCCUUCAGGCAGCGUUCACGCCUCACAGAACACCAGAGACUCCACAGUGGGGAGAGACCCCAUGAAUGUCGCAAAUGUGGGAAAUCCUUCAGUGGGCGCACAGCCUUUCUUAAACAUCAGAGACUACAUACUGUAAAGGAACCUGAAUGUGAAAAAGCCUGCACUUCUGACUUAGCUCUUAUCCAACAACAGAAAAUUCACAGGGAAGAAAAACCUUAUGAAUGUACUGAGUGUGGAAAAACUUUCCGGGGAAGUUCGGAUCUAAUUCGGCAUUGGAUAACUCACACUGGAGAGAAACCCUAUGAAUGUAGUGAAUGUGGGAAAGCCUUUAGCCAGAGGUCGCACCUUGUUACACAUCAGAAAAUUCACACUGGAGAGAAACCCUAUCAGUGCAAUGAAUGUGGGAAAGCCUUCCGGCAGCGUUCACUCCUCGUCCAGCAUCACAGAAUCCACAGUGGUGAGAAACCCUAUGAAUGUAAGGAAUGCGGAAAAGCCUUCAUCUGGCGCACGGCUUUUCUCAAACAUCAGAGACUUCAUACUGGAGAGAAACUUGAGAAAGGUGAGAAAACAUUCAGCAAGGAAGAGUUGCUUAGAGAAGAGCGGAGAAUUUGCCAAGAAGUGAAAGCUUAUCCGUGCAAUCAGUGUGGUAGAACUUUCCGAGGCAGCUCAGACCUCAUCCAACAUCAGGUAACUCAUUCAGGAGAUAAACCCUAUGAAUGUAAAGAAUGUGGGAAAACUUUCAAUCAGAGCUCAGACCUUAUGAGACAUCACAGAAUUCAUAGUGGAGAAAAACCUUAUAUGUGCAAUAAAUGUGGGAAAUCUUUCAGGGGCAGCUCAGAUCUCAUUAAACACCACCGUGUUCAUACUGGAGAGAAACCCUAUGAAUGCCCUGAAUGUCGGAAGGCCUUCAGUCAGAACUCACACCUUGUUAGUCACCAGAGAAUUCACACUGGAGAGAAACCCUUUGAAUGUAGCAACUGUGGGAAGGCCUUCAGUGGGCACACAGCUUUUCUUAAACAUCAGAAACUUCAUACUGGAAAGGAGCUUGGGGAACACAAGAGUGUCCACAUACAGGACUUAUUCUAAUAGGUAACAGAGAUCUAAUGAACAUAGGAAAAACCGGAUGGAGACCACAUCAUAUUGCACAAUAGAAGGUUUUUAUUGCUGAAAACUCUUUGAAGGUAGGAAAACAUUAGAAGAGCCCUACUGGAUGGAAAACAUAUAAGUGUAAUGUGGGAAAGCUCUUGGACAUAAUCACCUUUUUUCUGCCUCAGAGUUGACACUGGAGUAUGGUUCCCAGGAUAAAAUUAAUUGAGAAUGUUUUACGGUACUUCCAUUGUUAAUAAAAUCAUUAGAAAUCACUUUGUCAGCAACCCCCAAACUAAAUUCUUCAUGGAAGGAGCCAUUUCAAUCUCAACUACCUAGUCCAGUGACAAGUAUAAAUCUGUUUUAGGUACUUUAGAGUGAUUAAAUCUUUCUCUGGGAUGAGUUCUUCCCGUUAGAUAUAUAUUUUAUACAUAUUCCCCUUUUAUCUCCUUAUAAAAAUAUGCUUAUGCAUAUGUGAUAAUACUAAUUAGAAUGAUCCAUUAAUUCAGGGGUCCCCAACCUCUGGGCUGCGGAUGGGUACUGGGCCGAGGCCUGUAAGGAACCAGACCGCACAGCAGGAGGUGAGCAUCGGGCGAGCGACUGAAGCUUCAUCUGCCGCUCCCCAUCGCUCGCAUUACCUCCUGAACCAUCCUCCUCCCCCUCCACCCCUGAUCCGUGGAAAAAUUGUCUUCCACGAAACCGGUCCCUGGUGCCAAGAAGGUUGGGGACCACCGCAUUAAUUGAGAGGAAACAAAAAAUAAUAGAAAUGACUUGACAACAGGAGAGCUGAAGGCCAGGACACAAGAGCCAAGUGAGGUAUUCCCCAGAGAAAGAAUGGUGAUGAUUAGGAGUAUCAGGAAAUGAAAGAGCAAAGAAAGGACAGUGGGUGUUGGGAAUAGGAAUAGACUGAGUGCCAGGGAAGAGCAUUUAGGUGACCUGAGUUACUGGGAAUUAGAAGAAAGCAACAACUGUGAAAGGUCAGGUGAUUAGAGGAGAGUGGUUUUAUCUUGAACCAGGGCUUUGUAAUUAUUUGAGAACUGGAGAGUCUAAGUAGAACUCUGAAAGAGAUCAGUGGGGGGUGCCUUCAAGAUGGCAGAGAAGUAAGACGUGGAGAUCACCUUCCUCCCCACAAAUACAUCAAAACUACAUCUACAUGUGGAACAACUCCUACAGAACACCUACCGAACACUGGCAGAAGACCUCAGACUUCCCAAAAGACGCCCUCAGGCGACCUACACACAGAGGUGGGGCCAAAUCCAAAGCUGAACCCCAGGAGCUGUGCAAACAAAGAAGAGAAAGGGAAAUCCCUCCCAGCAGCCUCAGGAGCAGCGGAUUAAAUCUCCACAAUCAAAUUGAUGUACGCUGCAUCUCUGGAAUACCUGAGUAGACAACAAAUCAUCCCAAAAUUGAGGUGGCAGACUUUGGGAGCAACUGUAGACUUGGGGUUUGCUUUCUGCAUCUAAUAUGUUUCUGGUUUUAUGUUAAUCUUAGUUUAGUAUUUAGAGCUUAUUAUCAUUGGUAGAUUUAUUGAUUUGGUUGCCCUCUUCCUUUUUUUAUUUUAUAUAUAUAUUUUUUUUUUUCCUUUUUCUCUUCUUGUGAGUGUAUAUGUGUAUGCUUCUUUGUGUGAUUUUGUCUGUAUAGCUUUGCUUUUGCCAUUUGUCCUAGGGUUCUGACUGUCCGGUAUUUUUAUUUGUUUUGUUUUGUUUUUUUGUAUAGUUUUUAGCACUUUUAUCAUUGGUGGAUUUGUUUUUUGGUUUG